UUUUGUCGAAGACUCAAAGCCCCAAUUUGCAUUUUGCACUCGCCAGCGGCUGGUCGCCCUGAGUUUGAAGCCCUUGCACCCGCCAGUAGCCCCUGAGAGUUCGAUCCUCGCUGCUGACAAAAGUUUUCAAAGAGGAAAGAAGAAGACGCUAGAGACAGAGGGAUGGCAAAGCCAUUGGGACCAACUGGAGAGUUUUUCAGGAGAAGGGAUGAAUGGAGAAAGCAUCCAAUGCUGACCAACCAGCUCAGGCAUGCCACCCCUGGCCUUGGCAUUGCCAUUGUCGCCUUUAGUGUUUAUGUCAUUGGUGAAGCCGCCUACAACAAGUUGUAUGCUCCCCAACCUUUCAAGAGCUCCUCCAGUUCUCAUUCUCAUUGAUUAAAAAAGAUCUUGACCGCACACCAUACACAACCAGUAAUGAAACCUUGUGCUAGGUUUUAAUUAUAAAUUUAGAUUUUAUGUUUCAUGUAUUUCUUAUUAAGUUUUUAUAUUUUCAAUAUUUCUAUUUUUGUGUUUAAUUUAUUUUUUUUUUGUUUCAUUCUAAUUGUUCUCAUGUCAUUUGGUUUAUAUAUAUCAUGAUUUGUUCUAUUAAGUUCUAAAUUUUUUUUUUCCUUCUUAAGUUAGAAGCUUACUAGUAUUUAAAGGGAAAUUUAUUUGCACUCAGAUUUUGUAGACAUGUUCAACAUGUUAUCAUCUAUUGAUCCCUAUGAUAAGUUCCAACCAA